UUGUUUAUCUUGAGGUUAAAAAUGUCUUUUUGCAACAACUUGCUACUUCACGGUUCUUAGUCGUUAGUUUCCAGUCAAAUGUUUGACUAACGACUUUGUAAACAACCGUUAACCCAAACCCUAGAACCAAUUCCUGGGAAGAGAGUGAAUGUUGCUCAUGCUAGUGACAGAAUUGAGGAAGAGAAUUCAUCGCGAAGCGAUUAUUCCAUUUAGGGGCACAUGCAGGGAAGCCUACUCAACUCACUAACCGUUCGAGCAAUUUCAAGCCGAUAUAGCUAAUGUGGAUUUGUGAUUGAGUUAAAGAAAUUGUUGAGUUGCAUAAUUAUUGUUUGCGAAAUCAAUUGAAUGAAUAUAACCCUUUUGGUGAAUAGAAUUAGCCCUAGAAUAACUAAUAGUUAUUAAUUAAUUGUUGUUUGCGAAAUUGAAUCCAGUUAUUACCCAAUUGUUGUUUGCCAAUUAAUCUGUUAUGGUUAUUGCUGAGAUGUUUGCGAAAUCAAUUGGAUAUGUGUUUGUGAAAAAUUAUUGUGUAAUACUAAUUGAUUUAAAUUAUGAAGCUGCAUACCUUCUGGAAUAGCAAAUCCAUUAUAAAGUGUUGUCAAUUAUAAGUUGAUAUGUACUGUGAUCUUGUUUAAGUAAAAAUAAAGAAUUAUGUCUAUAAUUACUAUAUGGAAUUCAGUUUGAACAUAUGGAUUUUGGUUGUUUAUGUAGCCAAAGCUUGCUUAUAUUAUCUGUCUUGAUCGUUUGGAGUGUGGUGUGCAAUUUUUUGGUGGUGGGGAACAACUUCAAUGGCUAAGAAUCGAAAUUCAAGUUCUGAAAUAAAAGUUCUAUCAACUCAACUGUUUUUGGAUGAUAGUGUUAGUGUUGGUGGCAGAGUAAAGGCAAAGGGCGAGGUCAUCAAGCAACAAGUGGAAGUGUUUGGUCGGCCACCUAAUAUGAAAUGUCGUAUUGAGACAUUUUCCAGAAUAUGCCACACAUUUGAUGAGAGGAGAACCCGUUGGGUUAACGAAAUGGGUUUUGGUGGGUUGUUGAAUAUUCCAAUGGACAUGCACUUACCUCGGCAGUUGGGGUAUUGGUUAAUGAGUCGUAUUGAUCCUUUGGUUAUCGGCUUGCAUAUAAUCAAAAUAUGCCAUCAUGGCUUGUGCAUCUCCACCUGCCAUCUUCAAUCUCCUUUGCUUAUACACCUCGUGUUGAAGAUCCUUCACGCUAGGCAAUCGUAUGUUCUCAAGCCCUAAACAACCACGAAUUUGAGUAACCGUUACACCUUGCUCAAAAAAAUUCACCAACCUCCUUCGAACUGUUGAUGUCAAUUUCUUCAUCCGAUACUCUUUAACCAAAUUUUCCAUGGUAGGGGACAGAUCGUGAGUAUGCUCCAAGACUACAGUUCUCAAAACUCAUAAACCAUCACUGUUCAUACUCCCAUAAACCCUAGCUAGGCACUCACAUUUUUUAGAUUUACGUUUUCCUUGAUCAAGCUCUGUCUCACCAAUAAGACCCUUCACAUUUGCUCCGCUUCCCUAACUUCCAUGAACUUAGCCCUUUUCUUUGCAUCACGCUUUGCCCUCAUAUCCGGUGACUCUCAACAUUCACACCUCCAAGUUAUUGCUCUCCUCACUUUUGUAGUAGUGUAUGAUCCUUGCACCCUACUCACCCCAAAUCCACACUGCUCCGCGUAAGUUUUGUAGUACAACUCAAUUUCCUCCCACCGUUUAAAUAGCAUUCCCUCUUUAGGAGGGUCAACACUUGCAUCCACAAUCUCCUCAGUACUGGAAAUAAGGGUUUGCAAUGACUUCACCGUAUGCGUUGGGGAAUGGGAUUGGGGUGAAUUCCUAGUUUUGUCAUUGAAACAAGAAGGGAGUGUGUUAUUUUCUUUGGUGUGAGACAAGGUAAUGUUCUCCAAAAACACUGCACUCAUAGCUUCUGCUCCCUCUUGCUGAUUGUCAUCUACACCAAUCUCCAACAGCGUACCAACCUCGUGUUCAAUUUCAACUACACCUAUGUCCAACAAGGGACCAACCUCUUGUUCAGUUUCCCCUACGACACACUCCAUCAAGGUACCAAUCUCUUCACAGUUCCCUCCUAAAGGAACUACUCCAUCUUCUUCCAUUUCAGACAUGAGAUCAAGCACCUACUAGCAUAUAUAUAUAUAUAUA